GAGAGGGAGAGGGAGUGUGUGUGUGUGCUCUGCUGUUGCUGCCCUUUGAUCCCUGCAUUAGUGUUAGUUAGGGGCUCAGAGACACACACUUACACAGAGAGCAGCCAUAGUCAAGACACGGCAACAACAACAGCACCUCCUCCACUAUUCCCUAUUCCCAACAAUACUUUGAAACCGAGGACAGCCAGGUGCACGAUAAGUCCCUGCCACCACGCUCUCUCGCAAAAAUUUCAAUGGAAAAAUACCUUUUUUCUUCUUACCCCUAAAAAGAAGGAGAAUGUGAUAAAACGGGGGAAAAUGCCAAGGAGGAAGCAGGAGCAACCUAAGCGCCUGCCUUCACAUGUGGACUCUGUCUCAGAGGGGGGGCCUGAGGGUGGUGCUGCCGAGGAUGAUGGCUGGUUCGGGAACGCCUCGGACACACCUUCGGACUCGUCCUAUGGUGAUGUGCGGCCCGAUGAGCUACGGGUCUCCCCCGAUGCAGGCAGUGGUCCAGCGAGGCCUGAGCUGGCGGACACCCCAGCGUCCGAGGGCUCGCUCGGCUGCUCCACGCCUAUUCAGCGUGCCUCUCUGGAGCUGCUGGGGCUGGACGGGGCCGUGUUGAACGCGCAGGACUCCCUCUCCUCGGUGGUGUCCUCGCUUUACGGGGACGCCACUGCCCAUGCGCUGGGCAAGCCGCUCAGCAGCAACCUGCGGCGCCUCCUGGAGUCUGGCUCCCUCAAGCUGGAGGAAGGAGCGCUGUUGGGGCGCAUAGGCGCGGGAGGCGCGGCGGCCAGAGGAGCGUCCGACUCGCCUCCCGUUGGCCUGACGCUCUCGCCGUUGUCCCACCACGCCCAGCAGCUCAGCGCCCUCGCCCGUCGCCUGGCCAACAGCAGCGGAAACAGUGCCAACUCUGCCUCCGCCUCUGCUUCACCUGUGCCUGUCACCGUCAAGCAGGAGUCCACCGGUGAUCCCUUCAGCCCCAGCAACGGCACCAGUGGCAACAACGUGGCCACCAACAGUGGCUUUGUCUGGGUGGGCAUGGCCGACAAGUGGCCACCACCGUCCGGAUGCUCUGGAGCCAGCGGCAGCAGCCUGUCUCCGGACUCGGCCAUCCAGAAGCUGAAGGCAGCGGCCAACGCUGUGCUGCAAGACAAGAGCGCUGCCGUGGCCUCGGCCUCCUCCGUCUCCUCCUCCUCCUCUUCCUCUUCCUCCUCCUCCUCCUCCUCAGUGACCUCCUCCACCUCUAUGCCACCGCUAGGCACGCGCGGCUCGGAUGACGUGGUGCGCUUCGAUGCCUUCACCUCCCCCUUUAGCCCACAGUCGGCCAGCUCCACGCUAGCGGCGCUCUCCAAGAAGGUGUCCGAGCGCAGCCAGCAGCAGCAGCAGCAGCAGCAGCAGCAGCAGAGCAGCAUGGCGGCAGCGGAGCACCAGAGCCCUGCCAGCUCCUUCCUCUCGCUCGUGUCCAUGACCUCGUCGGCUGCCCUCCUGAAGGAGGUGGCGGCACGAGCAGCAGGCAACCUACUGGCCGACAAGAAGGACACUAAUCUGGGUCCGGGCUCCACAGACGACGUGAAGCCCCUGGUGGACAGGAAUCAGAAAACCCCCACGUCCACUCAGAGCAUGGACCUGCUGCUUCCCCCCACCCCAAAGGGCAGAACCAAGUCCAGCAGUCAAGCAGGGUCCCCAGAGGAGGGCGGGAAGCCGUUCCAGUGCCCAGUGUGUGGCCUGGUCAUCAAGCGCAAGAGCUACUGGAAGAGACACAUGGUGAUCCACACUGGCUUGAAGAGCCACCAGUGCCCCCUCUGUCCCUUCCGCUGUGCUCGCAAAGACAAUCUCAAGUCCCACAUGAAGGUUCACCAACACCAAGACCGAGGGGAGACCUUCCAGUGUGACCUCUGUCCAUUCACCUCCUCGCGUCAUUUCAGCCUGAAGCUACACAUGCGCUGUCACCAACACUUCCCCCGGCCAGACGUCAAGGUCAAAGAGGAGCAGGUCACCGACAACGAGGAAGGCGAGGGGUCAUUGGCGGGCGAUGCUAGUGGUUGUGGGGACAUUGCGAUGGCCACUGACACUGAGGCGUCCCCCUCUCCUCUGCCACACAUGGACGGCCGUCUGAGGACGUCACCUGGCGAGAGCUCCAACCACAUCCAAAUCAAAGAGGAGCCCCAGGAGCGCGACGUGUCUGUGCUGUCGCCGUUCAGCCUGGGCCGGGAGCGGCCCGCCAGCAGCACCAGCUCCCUGGAGCUGCCCGGACUCAAGGCCAGCCCCGGCGGACCCACCGCCGCCUCCCUCUUCAGCCCCGACAUCACCACUAAGACGGCCACUGACCUGCUCAUGAAGCUCUCAGCGGCCAACCAGAAGGAGGGCCUUAAGGGCACACUCUGCGUGAAGGAGGAGCCAGGGGCCGAACCCUCCCAGAGCCCCCGGGCCCCUGGCUUCAGCUUCUGCCAGGAGGGGCCGGUGGGGGGGCCGAAGCCCCGGGAGGAGGGGAGCCCCAUGCUGGCCAAGAGCAGCAGUCUGCUGAGCCAGGACAUCAACAUCAAAGUGGCCUCGGAACUCCUCAUGAAGCUCUCAGAGAACAACAAGGAGACCUGUUCUCAAACGGUGACCGUCAAGGCCGAGCCUAUGGAGGUGGACCCCCCUUCUGACCCAGCCCCUCUCCCAUCUCACCUAUUGGGAUUCAGCACUUUAGGAGCAUGUGAGAAGAGGGAACCAAUGGCAAAUCUCCCAGAGGCGUUGCCCCGCCCCCAGAAGGAUCUUUUUUCCCAGGACAUAUCUGUGAAGAUGGCCUCUGAGCUCCUCUUCAAACUGUCAGAAAAAGUCAGCAAAGCUAACAGCAACAAGGACAAUACCACACUGGGCAUGAACAGUCCCUUCCUGGAUGACCGCUUCAGACAAUCACCUUUCAAUACUCGCUCCAAGAGCUCAUCACCUGCAGAAGCUAGUUCUUCAGCACAGGCCCUACAAGACUCUGAGAAGGCAGGUGGAGAGCCGGGGAACGGUCUGGCCCAGUGGAGGUUGAACGAGCAGCUCUACCCGUGCCCAGUGUGUGGGAAAGUGUUUGGCCGACAGCAAACUCUAUCCAGACACCUGUCCCUACACACAGAUGAGAGGAAGUACAGGUGUCAUUUGUGUCCCUAUGCCGCUAAGUGUCGUGCCAACCUCAACCAGCACCUGACUAUUCACUCGGUCAAGCUGGUGAGCACCGACGCUGAACACAUUGUUAAUGCCGUGACUGGCGAGAGCAAUGAACGCAAGAACUGCUCAUUCUAUUACAGCUGCCACGUGUGUGGUUUCCAGACCGAGCUGAAUGCCCAGUUUGUGAGUCACAUGUCUCUGCAUGUAGACAAGGAGCAGUGGAUGUUCUCCCUGUGCUGCACCUCCUGCGACUAUGUCACUGUGGACGAGAGUGACAUCAAGUCACAUGUAGCUGCAGAGCACUUGGGUCUGUCUCGAAGUCCGCUCAGUGAGACGAAGAGCACAUCCUCCUCUCUGUCCGCCCUCAGCGACUCUCUCAACAGCUCCGAGGGCGGCGAUGCCACUCCCAGCAGUGAGGAGCUCAAGAGUCUCCUGGCCCCGCCCUCCACCGGCAGCCAAUCAAGCUCUGGCUCAGGGUCAGACGAGAAGUCCGAGAAAGGCUUUGAAUGUGUGUUCUGUAACUUUGUGUGUAAGACACGGGCCAUGUACGAGCGGCACCUGCAGAUCCACCUCAUCACGCGCAUGUUUGAGUGCGACGUCUGCCACAAGUUCAUGAAGACGCCGCAGCAGCUGCUGGAGCACAAGAAGUGCCACUCCGUGCCCACUGGAGGACUCAAGUGCCCAUUCUGUGUGUACUCCACCAGCAGGCCCGCGGCCCUGGAGUGCCACCUGAAGACCCACUGCAAGCCGGAGUACCGCUGCCGCAUCUGCCAAUCGGUGUGGGCAGACCAGGCCGAGCUGGAGGGGCACGCGCGUGCCCACCGGCUGGGCAACCACUACCGCUGCGAGCAGUGCGGCUACCUCUCCAAGACGGCCAACAAGCUGAUCGAGCACGUGCGCGUGCACACAGGCGAGCGGCCCUUCCGCUGCGACCGCUGCAGCUACAGCUGCAAGCGCAAGGACAACCUCAACCUGCACAAGCGCCUGAAGCACGCCCCGCGCCAGAGCUACAGCUGCAGCCUCUGCCCCUUCACCACCACGCACCCCUUCGUCUUCAGCCGACACCUCAAGAAGCACCAGGGGGGAGGAGGGGGAGGGGAAGGGAGCGCCGAGGAAGGCGAGGCCCAGCAGGGCAGCUCUUGCCUGGGCCUGGGCGGAGGGCGGGAGGCCCUGCUGCUGCUGGAGGAGGAGGCGGGCCUGGGCGGCAGCAGCAGUGGGAGCGGCGGCAGUAACAGCAGCAGCCCCCUCAUGAGCCUGUCGGCCUCGCAGGCCCUGCAGUCGGUGGCGCUGUCCAUCAGGUGCAAGCAGCAGCAGCGCCAGGGCGCCUCGCCUCUCCAGCACUACCUCUCCGCCAACGGCUUGGCAGCGCCCACACCUCCGCUCCCGGCCCUGGCGUCUGCGUGGUCGCCGCGUGCCGGCUCGCUGGCGUCCAGCUACUACGAGCAGUACAGGAACUGUGAGCUGGCUCACCUCAUCCCGCUCACCACACUCUUCACCAUGCGCCGCUACGCGCCCCACGGCUUGCCCUCCUCCUCCUCUUCCUCCCCCUCUCCCUUCUCCUCUUCUCCCUGCCUCUCCAGACAGGGGCGCAUCACAUCCCUUCCUUCACCCAAAACUCCCAGCUCUCUCAAACACUCCUUCCUGGCUUACCUGGGACUGACCGAGCGCGCUAAAACUGUCUGACCUGUUGUCCUCCUUCCACCUUUUUCCUUUCAUAUUUUCCUGCAUCCCUCGACUCCCUCGGCCCUCUUCAUGCCUGAACUAUUAGGUUAAAUAAGACAGUCAUCUGUACCACUUAAAAGUGGCUUCUUUCCAAUCAAGGGCAACAAAUGCCCAAAUGCUGGCCAGAAGGCUAGCCACGGUAGAGACAAUGAACCAUUUAUCAAAAAGAGAAGGAAAAAGGCUACAUACUGAAUGCAUUUAUAUCAAAGCUGCUUUGUCCUCUUGCUUAUAUCAAUCCAAUUAUUACUCCCUUUUGGUUUGUUUUUCUUUCUUUCUUCUCAAAGGUUUUUCAGAGACCAGGAAAAAACAAAACAAAUAGUAUGGCGUAAUCCUUUUCUUUUUGACUAGGAUAAAAAAAAGUAAGAAGAGUUAAAAGAAAAAAAAGAGAAUCUGCAAGCGCUAUUUUUUUGUGCAUUUAUGUCUUUUUGCCAAGCAUCAGAUAGCAUGCCUAUGUGUUAGAAUGGGGUUUGAUUUGACAUCAUGUAUGGGCUUUUUGUAUGAUAUAAUCUCCCAGGGUGUUUAUAGGCCCUGUUCCCCAGCCAGUCCAUGAAAGAGACUGCUUUCUAUAUUUAACAAAAAAAUGUCCUUUCUCCAAAGCCACGCCUCAAAUCACGCACUUGAUUAUUUAUCAGAUUGUACAUAGUUUGGCAUUUGUUUGUUAGGUGGGUUAUUUUUGGUCACUUGGCUUGGGUUGUUUUUGUAGAUUUGGUGAAACCAAACACAUUAACACUAAUCUCACCUGUCUUAUGGGCUGCCCCUUCUUUCGUAACUGCACGGUGGAGGAGCUGCUUUUCUCCCCUGAUGGUGCCAUGCUGGUGCCAGACCCAUAGAGAUCUCUGCCACGUGUGAAGCCUCCGGGGUGGUUGGCGGCACGCUGUAGCUAGUGAUGUUCCCGCCAUCCCUGAAACCCACCAGUGGCUGGUAUCAGCAGUGGCAUGACUAAGGCAGUGCAGAGACCAUCGACGUGACCUUAAAGAUGAGAUGUGGGUCAGGAAAGCUCCUUGCAAAUAGGUCAUGUAUUUAACAGAAAGCAAAGCUAUGUCUACAUUUCAUCAGAUAUGGACUUUUUUUUUUCCGUGGAGGUGACUGGCAAGUCAGGGGAAACUCUGCAGACCCAGUCACCAAAGGCCGAUUUAAUGGUGCUUUUUGGAGGUUUUUUGUAAUUUUGUGUAAAAAGAACUGUUCCAAAAUGACUUGAAUGAAUGUAUUUUAUUUUCCUUUGGGUUCAAUGUUAAAGUGAUACAGAGGUAACUGGACUGAGUGUAACGUGAAUUUGAGGAUUGGAGUAUAUUAUUGGUGGCCUUCUGUGUCUGGUUCUGUUCAUCUUUUUGCAUAUUCAGUUUUUGUGUUAUUUUUGGAAUUUGUACUGAGCCUUUUAAAAAUGUAGAAUAUGAAAAUAAUGAUUACCUGUACUAACAAAAAUUGAGGAAUCAUUGAAAAAUGGCUCCAAGUGCAAUGUGGAUGCUGCCAUUUAAUGAGUUAAUGAUGAUGUAUGUAGAAGCUGGGCAGACAUGGUACUGUUUUGACAUCCCCCUCUUAUAUUUGAGUUGUGAAUGUACUUCAUCACAUUUCAGAGACAGAAAGCACUUAGGCCCUCAAAAGUCUGACGUUUUGAUGCCACCCAUACAUAAGCAUGGUGACAAUGUGUGGUCCUGAUGAUGAAACAAGCUGAUCAAUAUGCCUUU